CUUGACUUACUUCAAUGUGCUAACAAUCUUAUACAGUGAUUUUUCCAAAUCAAACUCACAAUGUCUCGUACUAUGUACGGGUUAGCCCGGCGACUCUACCAUGGCCGUUCAGGCCACCUGCGCGCAUCGCUGCUCCGACGUUCAGCCCGCUGCGGUUUCUCCACAACCACCCCACGCCCGUUGAUGGAAUUGACCGGCUUUACCGAGAAUCAAUUGACCGUCCGCGAGGCCGUAUCCGCUGUCUGCGCCAAAUUUCCCAACACAUACUGGCAAGAGUGUGACCAAAAUGAGCGCGACCCGAAGGAGUUCCACGCCGCACUCGCCCAGGAUGGAUGGCUAGGCAUUGCGCUGCCGGAGGAACUUGGGGGGGCCGGCCUCGGUAUUUCGGAAGCCACAAUGAUGAUGCAGACCAUUACUCAAUCUGGCGCAGGGAUGGCCGGAGCCCAGGCCAUCCACGCUAACGUGUAUGCUACACAACCGUUGGCUCGGUUCGGUACGCGCGAGCAGCUCGAAGAGACCAUUCCUAAGAUCAUCAAUGGCACGUGGCGGACGUGUUUCGGUGUCACUGAGCCUGACGCCGGGCUGGAGACGCUGAAGCUGAAGACGCUGGCGACCAAGACGCCCUCCGGCGAUGCCUAUUCCGUGACCGGGCAGAAGAUCUGGAUUACCUGCGCGCAGGUGGCUUCGAAGAUGAUCCUUCUGGCGCGGACCACCCCGCUGGAGGAGGUAACCAAACCCACCCAGGGUCUGUCACUAUUCUGCAUCGAUCUGGACCGCGAGCAGUCCGGUCUGGACAUGCGCAAGAUCAAGAAGAUGGGCGGUCGGGCGGUGGACGCCAACGAGGUGUUCUUCGACCAGUACAAGAUCCCGGCGAAGACGCUGAUCGGGCAGGAGAACGACGGGUUCCGCAUCAUCCUGCACGGGAUGAACGCGGAGCGGUGUCUGCUGGCCGGCGAGGCCCUCGGCUUGGGCUACGCGGCGCUGGAGCGAGCAGCCCAGUACGCGCAGGAACGAGUCGUCUUUGGCCGACCGAUCGGACAGAACCAGGGCAUCGCGCAUCCGCUGGCGGAUGCGUACAUGAAGCUCGAGGCGGCCAAGCUGGCCACCUACCACGCGGCGCGGCUCUACGAUGCCUCGUGCCAGGACGACAGCAUCCCCGCGCAGUCGGUGGGUGUGGCCUGCAAUAGUGCGAAAUACCUCGCAGCCGAGGCGGCCUUUACCGCGUGUGAGCGGGCGGUGCUCAGCCACGGUGGGAUGGGUUACGCGAUGGAGUACGACGUGGAGCGCUAUCUACGCGAAUGUCUAGUUCCCCGCAUUGCACCAGUCAGUCGUGAGAUGAUUCUCAACUACGUGAGUGAGAAGGUUCUGCAGCUGCCUCGGAGUUAUUAAAGGUGAUGGAUAGGGAGGGGUCAUUUUGGUUACAUAUCAUAAAUCGAUAAACACGAAAGGCUCGGAGCAUCUUGCGGUGACAGGGCCUAGAUUCCGAAGAUGCAUGCUCUGGCCAAGAGAUCGUCGUGUUUUUUUCUCUUCAGUUGCUCUUGCGCAGUGGUUUGCUGUUGGCUGUUCUCGGACGCGGCGCAUUGCAUGGAAUACUCCGUAGGCAUUGGGGUUGUUUCCGGCGAUUGG